CGUAUUACCAAAAGUGAAAAGAUGGGUGCAUCUAUCAGCCCGAUGGGGCAUAGAUGUCAGUCACAGGGUCCUCGCCCUAGGGUUUGAGAUUACACGAAUCUUCGCAACGUGCCCUACGCACCCCCAACCCCGCUCGCGUGAUCCACACCAUCGGCACGUGCUACACGUGUCGCUCCUAUGGCCGUUGGAUCCGUUCCCUCGCCUCCUUCGUGUCAACAAAAACCCAAGCACGCGGCUCGCACACGAGCGAAACCCUAGAGACCGCCUCCCUUCCCCAACCUCCCCCACGGGCGACCGCCGGAAAAGCCGCCGGAGAACACGAAUCCGACCAUCGACGCUCGCCGAGGAAGAAGGUCCUGCCAUAGAGCCCACGCAUCUGGCUGCCGGACCUCGCCGGAGGUACCCCCGGCGCCUUGCCGGAAAACCUGGCUUUCGUAGGAAGGGGGCUGGAUCUGUACGGAAAGCGUCGAGAUCUUGAAGCUUUUGAGAGAGAGAGGAGCAGAAGAAGAAAAAGCUGCGUUUUUUCCAUGAAGGAGAAAAGGUAAGAUCUGUUUUUCUAGAGCUCGAAAAAUGCCGGUGUAGAUCGUAUUUUUGAAGAAUAUUUCAUCUUUCCGAAGGCGGAAGCUCUGGAAAGAAGAUAACAGCUUCGAAAUCGCAACCUGUGAGGUGAAAAAAUCUCGGAUCAGAGCUUUGGAAGCGAGAAUCCUGCAGAAAAAAGCUCGAAUGUGAUGCUCGAAGUCGGAGAAUCCGACAGGAGGAAGCGCGGAUUUGGAGCUUCAGAGACGAUAAUCCGAGAAGAGAGGCGAUUCUGCAGAAAGCUUCUCCUCAGAUCCAAAUAAGAGAGAGAGAAUUAGGGUUAGGUUUCUUAGAGAGAAUUUUGAAUUUUGAUAAAGAGAUAAGAGUUAGGGUCGAGAGAGAGAAAGGGGAGUUAAGGUUAGGGUUAGGGUUUUCAGAGAGGCGGAGAUGGACAGAAUGGGAGGAACUAGCGAUGAAGAGGAAGAGGAGGAAAUCGAGAUGGAGAUAAAGGAAGAAGACGAAGAAGACGACGAGGAUGACGACAUGGAUGAAGGUAGAGGUGGUGGCGGGACGAUCCUGGCGGGGAUUGGUAUCGAGCAGAUGGUGAACAUCGGUGGGGCCGGCGAGAACGUAUACUACAGGAUACAGCAGCCCCAGCAGCUGCAACAGAUGCAGCUACAGCAGCCGCAGCAUCAAGGAGGGGAGGUGGGCCAGAUGGUGGUGGUGGGAGUGAGGAGAAGCAGGCCAAAGGAAGAGAAGGAACGGACGAAGCUGAGGGAGCGGCAUCGCCGGGCUAUCACGGCCCGCAUACUAGCUGGAUUGCGUCGGCAUGGGAAUUACAAUCUCAGAGUUAGGGCCGACAUCAACGACGUGAUCGCCGCUCUGGCCAGGGAGGCCGGGUGGGUCGUGCUUCCUGAUGGGACCACCUUCCCUUCCAGAUCAUCGUCCACGUCCCAGCAGACAGGGCGGCCCUCCACUGGCUCUCCUGCAGUGGCGGCGACCCCAGUGGCAGCACAGACGCCGCCUGCACCCCUGCGGGGCGUCUCUUCCACUGGGGCCCGAAGCUCCGUUGAGUACCGCCCGAUGAAGAGUGUCUUUGUGCCAGCGUCUACGCCCACUGCUGCUCGGCCUCGGACUGCGGCUAUGUUGGGAGACGGAGGAGAGCGGACUGAGAAUUCGCCCCUUGUCGGCAGCUGCAUGGAAACGGUAGACGACAAGCAGAUGAUGGCCAUACCUCCGAAGAUGCAAGAACGAGACUUUGCUGGCACUCCUUAUGUUCCAGUCUAUGUGAUGCUUCCUCUGGGUGUUAUCAACAUGAAAUGCGAGCUGAUGGAUCCAGAUGGUCUACUUAAACAGUUGAGAAUUUUAAAAUCUGUUAAUGUUGACGGUGUUAUGGUUGAUUGCUGGUGGGGAAUAGUUGAGUCACAUGUACCACUGGAGUACAAUUGGAGUGGUUAUAAGCGGCUUUUCCAGAUGGUGCGAGAUCUGAAGCUAAAAUUGCAGGUGGUAAUGUCAUUUCAUGAAUGCGGAGGCAAUGUUGGUGAUGAUGUGUGUAUACCCCUACCUCAUUGGGUGGCAGAAAUUGGCAGAACCAAUCCGGACAUAUUUUUUACUGAUAGAGAAGGAAGGCGUAACCCUGAAUGUCUGACAUGGGGAAUCGAUAAGGAACGGGUUUUAAGAGGUCGGACUGCAGUUGAGGUUUACUUUGACUACAUGAGAAGCUUUCGAAUAGAAUUUGAUGAAUUCUUUGAGGAUGGCGUUAUUUCUGAGAUUGAAGUUGGGUUAGGUCCCUGUGGAGAGCUGCGGUAUCCAUCCUAUCCUGUAAAGCAUGGUUGGAGAUAUCCUGGUAUUGGGGAAUUCCAGUGUUAUGAUCAGUAUCUAUUGAAGAGUUUGAGAAAGGCAGCUGAAGCAAGGGGGCACUCUUUUUGGGCUAGAGGACCAGAUAAUGCUGGCACUUAUAAUUCCCGCCCACACGAAACUGGAUUCUUUUGUGAUGGAGGUGACUAUGACAGCUAUUAUGGCAGAUUCUUCCUUGGUUGGUAUGCGCAAGUUUUGGUUGAUCAUGCUGACCGUGUAUUGUCUCUGGCCAAGUUGGCUUUCGAAGGCACCUGCAUUGCUGCAAAGAUCUCCGGGAUUCAUUGGUGGUACAAGACAGCCAGCCAUGCUGCUGAGCUGGCUGCUGGGUUUUACAACCCAUGCAACCGUGAUGGUUAUGCUUCAAUAGUAGCCAUGUUGAAUAAGCACGCGGCUGCUCUUAACUUCACAUGCGUUGAGUUGCGCACUCUGGACCAGCAUGAGGACUUCCCAGAGGCAUUGGCAGAUCCCGAAGGCUUGGUCUGGCAGGUUUUGAAUGCUGCAUGGGAUGUUGGUAUACCUGUGGCAAGUGAAAAUGCACUUCCGUGCCAUGAUAGAGAUGGCUAUAACAAGAUACUGGAAAAUGCCAAGCCCAUGAAUGAUCCAGACGGAAGGCACUUGGCUGCAUUCACCUACCUCCGGCUCAGCACUGAUCUUAUGGAGAGAUCCAACUUCUCAGAGUUCGAGCGGUUUGUCAAGAGAAUGCACGCCUGCACAUGACAUGUCUCGUUUUCAUUGGCAGGGGAAGCAGUGCUGGAUCUCCAGUUGUAGAGAGAGGAGGGGAGGCUUGCAAUCCUUAGUGUAUCUGUGGUAAUCUGUUAUUUGCAUGAAAUUAUAUUUGCUUCUUUGCAAGCUGUAAGAGGAAAAAGGAGAAAAAAGAAGCUCUUUUGUUAGUAUAGCCAGCCAAACCCUCCUUUGUAAAGAAAUUCCAAUGAAGGAAAAUGACAUUCAUAACCCCCCACCUUAGCAGCUGCACCCUUUGUUUAUCUGAUCCCAGAAACAAAAGGGUGUUUUGUUUCCAAUGCAGUUGAAAAUUUCGGCACGCUCAUGUACUAGUAGACUGAGAAAGCAGUAAUGAGUUUUCACUUUUCAGCCUUUGGUGGCUAAUUUACCAUAA